GUAAUGAAAGUUUCAGAAUAUGUGGUCGGUUUUAGCCCCGAGGCUCAUCUGGUUCCUACAUGAGAGGACAAAGUUGCAGGGGGAAAAACCCUAAUAACACACUCUGAGCUGAAAAAACCGGCGAGCCCCCACCGCCGAAGAGUCCGAGUAGAAAGCAGGCAAUGAUGCUCCACAGCCAGAGUUACAGCCCCAUGGAAUUAGGCCAAGAAAGUUUCCAGGGCUUAAUUCACAGCCGCACUUUUUCACCAAGUAAGCUUCGAAACCCCCAUCAAUAUCCUUUCAGAGCUAGGGCUUUUCUAGAAUUUAGCUUAUCCAAUUCUCCGAAUGUCGAAAACAUUGGGAAUUCACGAGCUCAGAAGCAGAAUUUGAGAGGUUCUAGGGUUUUGGUAGGGUUUAAGCUUCAGUGUCAUUCUAAAUCGUUGGUUUUGCCCACGAAAGUUUCUUCUGUUAAUGGUAAGAAGAAGGGGUAUGGAGGCAUGUUGCCUUCGAUUUUACGGUCUAUAGAGUCCGAAAACGAUGUUGAAAAGACCCUUAAUUCGUUAGGUGAAAAUUUGAAUCCGAAAGAACAGACUGUGAUUCUCAAGGAACAAAAGAGCUGGGAAAGGGUUUUGCGCGUUUUCGAGUGGUUCAAGUCACAGAAAGAGUAUGUUCCCAAUGUAAUACAUUAUAAUGUGGUGCUUCGGAAACUGGGUAGGGCUCAGAAGUGGGAUGAAUUGAGGCUUUGUUGGAUUGAAAUGGCGAAAAGGGGUGUUCUGCCAACGAACAACACAUAUGCAAUGCUCGUUGAUGUGUAUGGGAAAGCAGGCCUUGUGAAGGAAGCGCUUUUGUGGAUUAAGCACAUGAAACUGAGGGGAAUGUUUCCGGAUGAUGUUACUAUGAAUACAGUUGUUCGGGCAUUGAAGGAUGCAGGAGAGUUUGAUAGGGCAGACAAGUUUUAUAAGGAUUGGUGUACUGGGAAGGUUGAGCUCGAUGAGCUUGAUUUGGAUUCUAUGGGUGACUCUGUGAAUGGUUCUGACUCAGAGCCUAUUAGUUUUAAGCACUUCUUGUCCACUGAACUUUUCAAGACAGGUGGGAGAAUUCCCACGUCAAAGAUUACGACCUCAUUGGAUACACAGAACUCUGAUCGAAAACCACGACAGGCAUCUACAUAUAAUGCUUUGAUUGAUUUGUACGGGAAGGCAGGGCGUCUUGAUGAUGCUGCUAAUGUGUUUGGAGAAAUGAUGAAGUCUGGGGUGCCAAUGGAUGUUAUAACUUUCAACACUAUGAUCUUUACUUGUGGAAGUCAUGGUCAUUUGUUGGAAGCGGAAACUUUGCUUGGUAAGAUGGAAGAAAGGGGAAUUUCUCCUGACACAAGAACUUAUAACAUUUUUCUAUCUCUGUAUGCUGAUGUGGGGAACAUUGAUGCUGCUCUGAACUGUUAUACAAAGAUCAGAGAGGUGGGUCUUUCCCCAGACAUCGUAUCUCACAGGACUAUUCUUCAUGUGUUAUGUGAGAGAAACAUGGUCCGAGAAGUGGAGACUGUGAUUCGGGAUAUGGAGAAAUCUGGUGUGCGCGUCGAUGAGCAUUCUGUUCCUGGUGUCAUCAAGAUGUAUAUUAACGAAGGACAGCUUGUUCGGGCAAAGUUGUUUUACGAGAAAUGUCAGUUGAUUGGUGAGCUGUCAUCAAAGACAUGUGCAGCAAUUAUAGAUGCAUAUGCUGAAAAGAGAUUUUGGACUGAAGCUGAGGCGGUAUUCUAUAGGAAGAAAGACUUGGUGAGACAGAAGAAGGAUGUUGUGGAGUAUAACGUCAUGAUCAAAGCUUAUGGCAAGGCAAAGCUUUAUGAUAAAGCUUUUUCUCUCUUCAAGGGCAUGAGAAAUCAUGGGACUUGGCCCGAUAACUGCACAUAUAAUUCUCUCAUUCAGAUGUUCUCAGGAGGUGAUUUAGUGGACCAGGCAAGGGAUGUUUUAACAGAAAUGCGGGAAAUGGGUUUUAAGCCACACUCUCUAGCCUUCUCUGCUCUAAUUGCAUGCUGCGCUCGCCUUGGCCAGCUUUCUGAUGCAGUUGAUGUGUACCAAGACUUGGUAAAUUCAGGGGUCAAACCAAAUGAAUUUGUAUAUGGUUCUUUGAUCAACGGAUUUGUAGAAACUGGCAGAGUUGAGGAAGCAUUAAAGUAUUUUCGGCACAUGGAAGAAUCUGGGAUUUCUGCAAAUCAAAUAAUUCUUACUUCCCUCAUAAAGGCAUAUGGUAAGGUGGACUCCCUUGAUGGAGCGAAAGUACUCUAUGAGAAGUUGAAAGAUCUAGAGGGUGCCCGAGAUAUUGUUGCAUCUAACAGCAUGAUCGAUCUCUAUGCAGAUCGUGGGAUGGUGACUGAAGCUGAAUUGGUUUUUGAAAAACUGAGAGCCAAGGGUUGGGCAAAUGAGAUAACAUAUGCGACCAUGAUAUAUCUUUACAAGAGUGUGGGCAUGCUUGAUGAAGCCAUUGAUAUAGCAGAGGAAAUGAAACUGUCAGGUCUAGUGAGGGACUGCGGUUCAUUUAACAAGGUAAUGUCAUGUUAUGCCAUUAAUGGGCAGCUACGAGAAUGUGGCGAAUUAUUGCAUGAGAUGGUAACUCGGAAACUCUUGCCAGACAUCGGGACUUUUAAAGUAUUAUUCACGAUAUUGAAAAAAGGUGUUUCAGUUGAAGCCGUAACGCAGUUAGAGUCAUCCUACCAUGAAGGGAAACCUUACUCUAGGCAAGCGAUCAUCACCUCUGUCUUCUCUAUGGUGGGUAUGCAUGCUUUGGCGCUCGAAUCCUGUGAAAAAUUCACAAAAGCUGAUGUAAAGCUUGAUUCUUUUCUCUAUAAUGUUGCAAUACAUGCUUAUGGGGCGGCUGGGGAGAUCGACAAGGCUUUGAACAUGUUCAUGAGAAUGCAAGAUGAAAACUUGGAACCAGACAUUGUAACGUAUAUUAACUUAGUACGUUGCUAUGGAAAAGCUGGUAUGCUUGAAGGUGUGAAGCGAAUAUACAGCCAGCUGAAAUAUGAAGAGACAGAGCCAAAUCAUUCCUUGUACAAAGCCGUUCUUGAUGCCUAUACAGAUGCCAACAGGCAUGACCUUGCCAAAUUGGUUAGCCAAGAGAUGAGAUACGCCUUCUACUCAGACCAGCAGACGGUUUCCGAAACUAAAGACGAGUCUGAUGAGGCAACUUCAGAGCUAGAGGAUUUGUAAUUAUUUUGAUGUGAUAAACUCCAUGCGGUGUUACACUGUACAGAAACACAUUUGUUCAUGCAUCUAAUACUGUAUCGUAUAAAUGUACCAGGUUCGACGGAACAUGUACUGUAUUUCCCAUUUGUUAAAUUAAAUAUCAAUAAUAUUCCAACACUAAGCGCAA